AUGACUUUUUUUGACGAUAUGAAGACAUCCUUUGCGGAUGUGCCACGUAACGAUGGAGAAAUAUCGACGUUGGAAUUUCUAGAGGCUUCUGAAUCUUUGGUAAAACUCUUUGAUCUGCUUGGGUCCUCUGCAUUCAGCGUUGUGCAAUCCGACAUGUCGGGCAACAUCAACAAGGUUUCGGCCAAGUUCCUCUCUGAUCCAGUCAACUGUGGUACGCUACAGAAGUUGAUUUUGACUGAAGUUAAAGAAGGUGGUAAGAAAACGGCCACACAGGGCUUGUUAUGGCUUACCCGUGGCUUACAGUUCACCGCUGUUGCAAUGAGAAAGUGUAUUGAUAAUCAGGACUGGGAACUCUCGAAGUGCUUUGAAAAGUCCUACGGCGAGACGUUGACCAAAUAUCACUCCAUGUUAGUGAGACCAGUUUUCAAAUUGGCCAUGAAGGCUUGUCCUUACAGAAAGGACUUUUUUGCAAAGUUGGGAGACGACUUGGCCAAGGUCAAUGAGCAACUACAAGCAUGGGUUUCAAGCUUAGAGAGCGUUGUGAAGGAGAUAAUGGACUUUUUUGAAAGUGGUAACUACGGCAAGGGUUUGUAG